GAACAAUUUGAAGGUGAUGACAAUGUUGAAGAUGAAUAUCAACAAGGAGAAGAUGAAUCAGAAAUUCUUCCAGAAGAUGAUGUCAUGUUAGAAGAAACUGAUGAUGUUGAUGCUCCAUAUUUGCCAGUUGAUAAAAACAAAGUUCCAAAGGAAGACAGAAAAACCACUAGAAAGAUGACUAAAUUCGAAAAGGCUAGAGUUUUGGGAACAAGAGCUCUUCAAAUUUCUAUGAAUGCUCCUGUUACUGUAGAAUUACAAGGUGAAACAGAUCCACUCCAAAUUGCUAAGAAGGAACUUCAACAAAAGAAGAUUCCAAUGAUCAUUAGAAGAUACUUGCCAGAUAAAUCAUAUGAAGAUUGGCAUGUGAAUGAACUCGAAAUUGACUUUGAAUAA